CGCUGGUGGAAGUGGCUACGGUCGUGGCUGUGGUCGACGUCGUUGCGGCAGCGUCGCUCGAGCCUUAACAGUCGCGCUGACGUGUCCCGGGCGCCGGCAGGAAGUGACGACCAACUAUUGGCGAGGAGGUCGAGAGUUAUGCCCCUCUAGACACUUUUUUUUCUGAAAGGGAUGUGCAAUUUUCAUUUGGCGGAGAGCUAGAAUGUGCUUGACGGAGUGCGAUCCUAGCGGGCAAAACGAGUUCAGACUGACAAAAAAUCAGGUAAGAUGUAAAGCUUGGAACAGAUGAAGAGAAAUAAGAGCAUCUCAUCUUUCUUGGACGACGGAGACACCCGACUUGUGUAAACUAAAUGUUGUGUUAACCGUGGAGUUUUUUGUGUGGUAGACGGAGCAGGAAAAUUUUUCUAAACGUUUUCAGCAUUCAGACUAGAAACAUGUGAAUAACCAACCAAAGCGAGGCAAUAAGAGGUCCUCCAGUAUUUACAGGGACACAGUAUCCUACAAGGCGAGCGAGGAAGGAAGACUUUGGUUAGCUCUUGAACUUCUGACAGUGAAUUGCAUACAUUCAACCCAAUUUGUGAAUAAACUGUGCAAGUACUGCUUAAAAAAAGGGCAAAGAAGAAGAACCCUGGAGGCAGCAGGUGGCAACGACAGUCUCUAGCAGGUGAAGUGACCAGAUGACUGGACAUUAACAAUCUUUGUCUCAGAUAAUUUCCAAGCAUUUCCAAGCAUUACCGGAUAUCUUGCCAAGCUACAAAGGCAGAAAUUCUAGGAUCGCACCUGCCUUGAAGAACCUGUCGGGAAAAAAUUCAAGUUGUCCUUCAAUGCCUCUUCUGAGACACUUCAGAACGUUUGCAGAAGAGCGGAAAAAGGCGAUAGCCAUUUUGCCUGAGGCCGUUGAAGACAGCGCAUGCGCCAGAUGAUGGAGGACCAUUUUGCUACCUUGAUGCUGGCGGCUGUCUUGGUGCUGCUGCUGCAGGAGGCCCGACUAGUCUCUGGGUUCGGGCCAAUAGUGGACACGGAUAAGGGACAAGUGCAGGGGAAGACUAUAUUCGUCAAUGGAAAGAAGCUCGAUGUUUUCUAUGGCAUCCCCUACGCCAAGCCCCCUCUGAAGGAAUACCGCUUCAGACACCCUGAACAGAUUGACAGGUGGGAAGGGGUGUUGAACGCAACCGUCCUCCCCAAAUCCUGCAUUCAACCGUGGGAUGAUAUGUUUCAGAACUUUUCAGGGUCCCAGAUGUGGAAUCCCAACACCCCGAUCAGCGAAGACUGUCUUUAUCUGAACGUGUGGGUGCCGAGGGUGAACCUCCCAUACCGACACAAAGCUGUGAUGGUUUGGAUCUACGGGGGCUGCUUCUACAGCGGAACGUCCACCCUGGAUGUCUACGACCCCAAGUACCUGGCAGUGGAGAAUGAUGUGAUUGUAGUGUCGAUGAACUACCGCCUGGGUGCCUUGGGCUUUCUGGUUAUGAAUACCCCUGAGGCCCGGGGCAACGCCGGCUUGCUGGAUCAGCGAAUGGCCCUUGAAUGGGUCCAAAGAAAUAUCGAGAACUUCGGGGGCAGUCCUCAUAAUGUGACUUUAUUCGGAGAGAGUGCAGGUGCGGCCAGCGUGGGGCUUCAUCUCGUGUCCUCCCUCAGCCGGGGACUUUUCAACCGAGCCAUACUCCAGUCAGGAGCUCCACAAGCCUCCUGGGUGACCUACACCCCAUCGGAAGGCCACAGCAGGUCGCGGAGACUGGCAUCCACCCUGGGGUGCGACGGGAACCUGAGCGAUGCUGAAGUGGUGCAAUGCUUGAGGCUCGUCAACGCCCAUGUGUUCUUCCAAAACGAGUUUUCUGUCGUCAAGGGAAUCGUUCAGUUUCCUUUUCUGCCUGUCAUCGACGGCUUCUUUUUGACCGAGAGCCCAUCCGAGUACUUGCGCAGAGGUCGCUUCAAAAAGACCCCAUUGCUCCUCGGCAGCAAUGCCAACGAAGGGACGUGGUUCCUCGUCUACGAAGACACCGAGAAUUUUAGCAUACACGAAAACAAACAAAUUAGCGAUGAAAUGACUGGACACCUCAUAGGCAGCCUGUUUUACUACCAUCCUCAGUACCCUACUCCACUGAACAAGUUCGGCAAGGAGGCCAUCAUGUUCGAGUACACGGACUGGGCCCGUCCAAAGGACCCGUGGUCCCGACGGGACCACAUUGCCCAGGCUGUCGGGGACCUGCACUUCGUCUGUCCAGUCAACGAUCUAGCUGACCACUAUGCACAGAAUGGUCAGAGGGUCUACAAUUACUGGUUUGAACACCGGUACUCCCUGAACCCUUGGCCCGCGUGGAUGGGCACACUCCAUGGCGACGAGAUUUUCUUUGUGUUCGGCAAACCGCUCGACCCCGCCCUCGGCUUCACGGACGAAGAGAAGCAGCUCAGCCGCAAAAUCAUGAGAUACUGGACCAAUUUCGCUAAAACAGGGGAUCCGAACCGAGGCCCCGGAGAACCAUCGAUACAAGAAUGGCCCGAGUACCGACACCAUGAAAGGAAUUACCUCAACCUGUCUCUGUCCUUGCUCAAGACCGGGUACGUGGAUACCCAUAAAGCUGUUCGGGCUCGUCAGUGCGCCUUCUGGCAUCUCUACCUACCCAGCCUCGUGGCUGGCACAUCUGACAUUUCUGCUGUGGAAAAAGAAUGGAAAGAAGAGUUCCACGAAUGGAAGACUCGCUACAUUGUGGACUGGAAGCACCAGUUUGAUAAUUUUCUUAACAAUUACGAAAAAGAGGAUAAAGACUUGCGGGAAUCCUUGAGAGAGAGUAGCUUCACUCCAUUAAAUGUCAUUAAUGUGGAAAAAACGAUCGUGAUUAAUAAUAGAGAGCAUGCAUCUUACAUCACAUUAACACACUCACUCACUCACUCACUCACUCACUCACUCACUCACUCACUCACAGCAGCAGAAAAACUUCCAACAAACUACUUACAGUACAUAGUGUAAAUAAUUCUCUCCUAGAAAUGUAUUUUGUCUUCUCGUACAAAGUGUAAAAUAACAUCAUUUUUGUUGUUUCCAAAAUACGGAAAAAUGGCGAAUUCACACACAUGGGUUUAGCGAUAUUGUGUACAUGAUGCUGUUAUCAUCUAAAGGGGGAAAUGGGAGAAAGCUAACGGGAAUUCACGCUUCACCUUCAUCGGUACAUGACCAAAAAAAAAAAAAAAAAAACAGAAAAUCAGUUCCCAAAACAAAUCUCUUCAGGAAUGUCUGAGCUGGAUUUCUACUUCAAGCAAAAGGUGGAACAAAAGUUUGCUUGCUUGUUAGCUUGUUUGUUUGUUUACCCUAUUUUAGGCCGGUGAAUAUUCACAUAAACAUUAAGCGUGGGUAAUACACAAACUAACAUUCUGUGGCAACUUACAGCUCAUUGUACAUUCAUAGUUUACUACCUUUUGUAUGGUGUUUCGGAGAUCAAAUGUACCCAGCCUACACACACACACCUUUCCCUACACAUACAGAGAGAAGAGAGAAGGUGGGGGACCAUAUGGAGAUGCACAUCAGAAGUCAGGAAGGGAAGAUGAACGCAGAAAGAAUGAGUAAAGUUCAUAGUGUCAUCGGACGAUAAUGGCGCCCGGUAGUGUAGUGGUUUGUCGGGUCUGACAUUUUUAACAUUACUGAAAUUAUUUUUUUCUACAUUCCACCUGUUCUAUUAGGUGGAUUAGAGUUAAUAAAACGCUUCAAUAUAUAUAUAUUCUUUCUUUCUGUCAUUUUGUUUUUGGUAGUGCAUUUUCAUCUUCUAAAUACUGGGAUGGGUUUAACGCCAUCUUUAUGUUUUUCCCCCGAAAAAUAAGAAGCAUAUUGCUAGAAUAUAUCCAAUUUUUACUGCUGUGCUUUUUUUGUAUCGAUGUAAUUUUGAAAGAAAUAUGUUUCGUUGUUGCCAUUUUUUCUUCUUGCGAAUGAGCAGAGUUUUCAGCUCAUGUGACAAAGACAUAAUCACUGUGUAAAUAACAUCUAGCAUCAAAGUCCGCUAGGUGCUUUAUUAAUGACAACCAAUACAGGAAUUUCGUUUGUAAAAUUUCAUUUGGAAAACUAAAUCAAACCGAAGUGACAGGGCAGAGAACUUCAUCAUACAAGAAAGGCAUCUCAGAGCACCGGGCACAUAGGCAGGACUAAGAAAAUCCCAAGAGAAGGAUCACUUGAUGAUUGUAUACAAUCAUAGCAGCUUCAAUCCAAAAGUUUCAGGUGACACUAGUAAUUCUGGUAUUGACGCACAUAGUCUGGGAUGGGGAUGGGGAUGGGGAUGGGGAUGAAGGUUGGGGUCCAAGCCCGGUCUCCCGCAGGUUUCUGGCACUGUAACCGAUGGCUUUCAUCUGUGGGCUGGAUGCCUCACGAAACAUUCUACGACAACAAAACUUGACGAGUCUGGCCCCAGUGGAAGCCAGAGCUGAUAUAAUUCUCCAUAUUGCUUUGCUCUCCCCAACCCUUAACUCUUCUCACAUUCUUCCAACUCGUUUCUUUCUGUCCGCAAACACUUUUUUUUAAACUGAUAUCGUCACCUAUCUCCCCUUUCACCAUCCCACACCCCUACCCACACACAACAAACAUGAUAUUGUAAUUCAGUAUUCUUCCGUUUGAAGCAAAUAUUGUAAAUAUUUGGAAUAAUUUUUUUUUGUCUGUUCAUCCUGUCUUGUCAGUAUGUCUGUUUUUCUGAUUAUUUUCUCUCUUUAUCCCUCCCUUCCUCAGCUCUGCUUAACUGUUCUCGUGUUCCUUGUUAUCUCCUCGGCCAGUGUUUGUACUUGCCCUACACUGACCUCACCCUCGUUUGUGAAACUGAUCGCAGCUUAUUUACACGCAUCUUAUUUACACCAAGCUUAUUUACACGUGACCAUCUGUGCCGAGUGUAAUCGCGGAGACAGGCACAGAGAGGAGGAUACCCUAGCUACUGUCAACAGUUUGCUUUACAAGAAUGGCUCAGGCCUGAUUAUCCAUUCAAUUUGCAGUCUGAGUUCUUCCCUCCGGAUGAGUGGAGAGCUGGCAAUGUGACUGUAGUCUUAUUGCUUCCAAGGGAAAGAAGAGUUCCGAGGGAGGUAUAGUGCAAGGGGUGGCUCACAAUUUACUGGCUAAUUCUAGCACGCUCGUAGGUCUGCGAACGACUUAAUCGCUCUUCCCCCUGUUUUUUUUUUCUUUCCCCAAGUGAGAGGAGUGGUCCUGUGGUGCCACAGUCAAGCGCCUGUCACUAAAGCAGUGAGAGGUGUGGGCCGCAGGUUCGGAUUCCGCCUCCGGCACACUUGUUUUCUCUUUAGAUAUGGCGCCUGUUUAGUUCGCAGUUAUAUAGCUUUAACUGCUGGUUCGGAAUAAAGUAUCAAUAACCAACCAGACAAUUAACUAUCAGGAGUUUUGUGAAUGGUGAAAGACAUCUUAAGACAAUUUUUAUUAGUAAACGUAACAAUAAACAAUAAACAUAUAAAUGUAUAUAACUCUUACUUCUAUACUUUAUAUUUGUGACAACAGCUUACAUUUUAAUCUUCCUUUCUACAAAUUCCAUCACUUAGUAUGGGAUUCAUUGCAACCAGAUCAUUUAACUUGUUUUUCUUUAUUUUUCCCAUUGAGUUAAAUAACUUGAUCACUUACUUUCAAAAAGUUGUCAUUUUUUAUUUUCCUUUAUGUAUCAAUCACUCUAUCAGACAGCUUUUAUAUUUAUCUAAAUUUUAAUUUUAAAUGUUUUGGGUGUUAUAGUACUUGGCAUAGGAUAAACUUUCUUUACUUGCAUUGCUACAGUAUUAUUCAAUGAAGAACAACAGAUCAACAUCAGUUUCCAUGUUAAAAAAAACAUUGUGAUAAAAGCUAUCUUCCAUUAUUGUACCAAAAACAGCAAGUAUCAUAGACGACAUACCUCAUAACUCGUUACAUUUUGAAAAUAAAUUAUAUUCGUCUAAACAUU